GGGACUGGGGAGGAGGGUGCAGGAGAGGGACUGGAGAGGGACCGGAGCACCGAAGCGCCGGGAGUCAGAGGAGGCGGGCGCCGAGCCCCGCACAGCCAAGCACGCUCGCCCGGCCGGAGAGACGAGGGGCCGCCUGGGCACGGGUCACCUUGUCCCGGAGGAGAAAUGGGUCCCUCGAGGCAAGUGUGACCUGCAUGUCCUGCGCAGCCCGAUGCCCGGUGAGGAAGCCAGCACCAUGGAUGGCCCCGCUGGGCUGAAGGGUGAGCUGACAUGUAGCAAGGUCCUGGACACCGGCCCAAGGAAUGGCCUGAUCAACACCAGAAACUUCACGGCUGAGAGCAGGGAUGGUCUGGUGUCCGUAUACCCAACGCCCCAGUACCAGAGCCAUCGGAGCAUGGACAGUGGUGGGAAAGAGUCUGCACAGCAGCUGCUGGACCCCAAUGCCCUGCAGAAGUCAGUGGAGUCACGGUACCGGCCCAACCUCAUCCUCUACUCUGAGGGCGUGCUGCGCUCCUGGGGUGAUGGUGUGGCCACCGACUGCUGUGAGACCACCUUCAUUGAGGACCGGUCACCCACCAAAGACAGCCUGGAGUAUCCCGAUGGGAAGUUCCUGGACCUCUCACCUGACGAUAUCAAGAUCCACACACUGUCCUACGAUGUGGAGGAGGAGGAACUACAGGAGCUGGAGAGUGACUACUCCAGCGACACAGAGAGUGAGGACAACUUCCUCAUGAUGCCCCCGCGGGACCACCUGGGGCUCAGCGUCUUCUCCAUGCUCUGCUGCUUCUGGCCGCUGGGCAUCGCAGCCUUCUACCUGUCCCAUGAGACAAACAAGGCCGUGGCUCAAGGCGACUUCCACCAGGCCAGCACCAGCUCCCGGCGUGCCCUCUUCCUGGCAGUGCUGUCCAUCACCAUUGGCACUGGCAUCUAUGUGGGUGUGGCUGUCGCCCUCAUUGCCUACCUCUCCAAGAACAACCACCUGUGAGCUUCCUGCAGGCACCAGGAGGGACCGGGCACUGGGGGCAACUCGGGCAGUGCAGACGACACCUGAUGGCUGGAGUUUCCACCCUGACUCCCUGUUUGUUUCCUCCUUUAACUCCAUUAUCACAGCACUGCGUGGGCUCUGCACACAUGGGCUCCAAAGCCCCUGGCCACGGGGAUGUCUGGGACGAGUCCAGGUGGAGGGACGACAGCGUGCUUGCUGUCUGCGCAGCUGCCAUGCCUUGAACACCAUUGCAUUAGCAAUAUACAAACAGUAAAAAAAAAAAAAAAAAAAAAAAAAAAAAAAAAAAAAAAGCAUUUAUUUUUAUGGAACAUGGUCAAGGUGCAAUAGGCUGAGGGCAGGGAAUAUCUGCUCUGCUGUCAGUGGCCAUCUGGCUUCUCUGCAUCCUAAGCAUCCACGAGACUUUCCUCCCAGGAAACAGAAAAUGGGCCUGGGGACAAGGAACACAGAACAGUUGCCAGGGACUAGGUGUCACCAUCUGCAGAAGGAUACAGCCCCAAGGAUGUGAAGCCAGGAAGAGGUGGCACUGGUCCCCAGACCCCUCACGCCCUCCAUGCUGCCCUGAAUGUGUCGCUCCACAGCCGCCUGCCCACCGCAGUUCGAAGCCUUGGGCCUUUGGGGAGGUGGGCACAAUGGGCGCCCCAGGCUCCUAGAAAGUGGCUCCACACUGGUGCUGGGAACCAGAGGAAGAGGAGCCAGGAAGACCUAGGAUGCCCCUGACAUGACCUCCCUCAUGACACUCACCUGGUCCUAAGCAAUGACAAUGACAACCCAACCCUAGACAAAAGACAGGCCUUACUCUGUCAACUCAACGAAUCAUUAUUUUCUUGUCAUUUUUUAAGUGCAGUUCUUGCUUCAUGCUGCUUCAGAUACCAGACGAAUGCUGAGAAAUAAGUCACCACAGACAUUUUAAUACCAUCUCACAGCUGUUUUACGGUGUUCGUUAUUUAACAAAAGUUAUCUUUUAGCUUAUGUGAGUGCAAUUUUUCUUUCUGGUGCACAGCAGUGGUAGGGUUCCAUUCUAGCCAGGUCCCAGGAGGGAAUCCUGACUUCCCUAGCUGCUUCCAUCCCACACUGAGCCCUAUUAGUGGGUGUCACCCUGGACCCCUCAUGAUGGAGAGGCCCUGGCUCUAGAUAGGGUCCACACCUGGCAUCUGAAACUUCCAACUGCCUGGAUCCUGGCAACCCAGCCCAGAGGUCCCAGGGAUGGUCAGAUGCAGCCUGGGUGAAUCCAGGGUGCAGCAAAGGUAAGACAUCCCUAUCCUGACCCAGGACCAUAGGUAACAUGUCCCCCACCUGCUACCCUCCCCUUACCCUUGCACACUUGAUACUGCAGAAGUUGUUAGCGCCAUCUUCCUAGAUCAGAUCCCAGCUCCACCUAGCA